AUGGCUGCCUCCUCCACUCAGCCCCUGAACCCUGCUGCUUUACCCUUCGUUCCCGUAGCCUCCGCCCCCUUGAAGCUCUGCCCCCCUGUCUCGUCCUCCCUGCCGGUUGGCUUCCCCCUCCCGCCGCAGUGCUUGCUCCCGCCGCCCUCGCUGCCGCCGCCGUGCGCGUUGUCCGUCCCGCCCUUGCCAUGGGUGCAGGUGCCUCCUCCCCCUCCGUGUCAGGUAACUGUGUACUGCAGCCCGCUAUCGUGUCCGGUGACGGUGUACUGCAUCCCUCCGCCGCCGCAGCCACCGCUGCUAUCGGGGAAGAGCUGCUGCAGCACGGAAACCGUCGACGGCGCCAGCGAUAGGUCCCUGAAGGCCGAGGUGGAAAACCGCCCCUCCCCUCGCUCUGUUCUCUCACCCAGGAGUCCCGCCUCCGUCUCGCCGCGGACGCCGAAGCCGAGGGCGGCCCCUCGGCCUAUGGGCAGCAAACCUGCCUUCGACCCAAGCAGCGGCAAGACAUCUCUCAUGAUCUGCAACAUCCCCAACGGUUUCUCGAAGCGGAGGAUCAUGGCGAUUCUAGACCAGCACUGCGCCGAGGAGAACGAAAAGCUCCGGCGGUGCGUCGGCGGCGGCGGCGAUAAGGCCGUCAAGUCGGAGUACGAUUUCCUCUACGUCCCAAUCGACUUCCGAACGAAGUACAACAAGGGGUACGCCUUCGUAAACAUGACGACGGCGACGGCGGCGCAUCGGCUGCACGAGUUCCUCCACGGCCACUCUUGGGCGGCGACGGGCUCCAAGAAAGUGUGCGAGGUCGUGCACGCAAGCAUCCAGGGUGCUGAUGCGUUGGUGAAGCAUUUCUCCGGCUCCAAGUUCCCCUGCGGCAACGGGAACGAGGAGUUCCUGCCGGUGCGCUUUGGGCCGCCGCGGAGCGACCGCAGGCCGACGGCGGAGCGCGUGAUCGGCCAGGCGGUGGUCCGUGGAGCCCGCUGCUGAGGCGCUGAGCAGGCCUGUUCCGCGCACUAGCUAGUCGCCGUGAUCCGCUCUAUCUUGCAUUCUAUCCACGCUAUGCUAUGCCAUGGAUAGAUAGAACGGGAGAUAGACGACUUAUCAUAGGCUGGCUUGAGAAUUUACCUUAUAAUUUCCUUGCUUGUCUCCUUGUUCAAGUAUGCAUGUGUUCUCGAGGUUUAAUUUGAAGUUUGUAUGAGUAUCAAAUGUGUCAG